AGAAAGUAGCAUUUCUCAGAAGUUGAGCAAUAAACAAACAGCAUAAUGAUAUAUAUGUGCAUUGCAGCAAAGGUCCAGAGGUAUAUAAGAUGCCUAUGUUCAGUGCAAGAAACACCACCUGACAUAGCCCCAUUAUUCUAAUGCAUUUCCUUAGACACAGAAGCAUCUUAGGUGUGGUGGGGUGGUGCUACUUCUGCAGAUUUUCUGAUCUCUAGGCAUUCAAUUUUAUCUUAUUUUAUUCUCCUACGGUGUGAACUGAGCUUUUUAGUUUUAGCUUUGUUUGGGAAAGAAAAGUGACACUCUUGAGUUUGAGUUCAAAGCAAGAAAGCCACAACACACAGUAGAGGGAGGUUGAGUGAAGAGUGCAAAACCCAAUGACUCAAACCCAAGGAGAAGAAAAGUUUGGAAUUUGAGGCAAAUGUUUCAUUGUUUCAAUGCUCACCUCGAGGCAAUCCUUGUACAUCUCUUCCUCUUCUCCUUCUUCUUCAUUGUUUUGUAUCAUUCUCCUCCAACUCACACUUCUCUAUGGCCUUGCCUUUUCUUCCAACCAUGAAGCCUCAACUCUCUUCUCUUGGCUCCAUGCUUCUUCUUCUGCAUCACCACCCCCUCCAUCUUUCUCCAACUGGAACAUCCUUGAUCCCAAUCCAUGCAACUGGACAUGCAUAACAUGCUCCUCACUAGCCUUUGUCACUGAAAUCAACAUACAAUCCAUCCCUCUUGAGCUUCCCUUACCCUCCAACCUCUCUUCAUUUCACUCUCUUCAAAAGCUUGUCAUAUCUGAUGCCAAUCUCACUGGAACCAUCCCUUCAGACAUUGGUGAUUGCUCUUCCCUUACUGUCAUUGAUCUCAGCUCCAACAACCUUAUUGGCUCUAUUCCUUCAAGCAUUGGCAAGCUCCACAACCUUCAGAACUUGUCCUUGAACUCCAACCAGCUCAGUGGAAGGAUUCCAGCCGAGUUAAGCAAUUGCAUUGGCCUAAAAAAUCUACUCCUUUUUGAUAACCAAAUUAGUGGGAGUAUCCCACCUGAACUGGGGAAGCUGUCACAACUUGAGUCACUAAGAGCAGGAGGGAACAAAGAUAUAGUUGGUAAGAUUCCUGAAGAGCUUGGAGAAUGCAGAAACUUGACUGUGUUGGGUCUGGCUGAUACAAGAAUAUCGGGUUCUUUGCCUGCUUCUUUGGGUAGGCUUAGCAAGCUUCAGACACUUUCCAUUUAUACUACCAUGCUCUCUGGUGAGAUUCCACAUGAGUUAGGUAACUGUUCUGAACUCGUGGACUUGUUUCUAUAUGAAAAUAGCCUAUCAGGGUCAAUUCCAUCUGAGCUUGGUAAGCUCAAGAAGCUGGAACAGUUGUUUUUAUGGCAGAAUGGUCUUGUGGGUGCUAUCCCAGAAGAGAUUGGUAACUGCACAAGUUUGAGAAAAAUUGAUUUCUCUCUAAAUUCUCUGUCUGGGACUAUUCCUUUGUCUUUGGGAGGUCUUUUGAAGCUCGAAGAGUUUAUGAUUAGUGAUAACAAUGUGUCUGGUUCAAUCCCUUCUAGUCUUUCAAAUGCUAAAAACCUCCAACAGUUGCAAGUUGACACAAAUCAGCUCUCAGGCUUGAUUCCACCAGAGCUUGGUGAGUUGUCAAACCUCAUGGUGUUCUUUGCUUGGCAGAACCAACUUGAGGGAAGCAUUCCCUCCACUUUGGGGAACUGCAGCAACCUUCAAGCACUAGACUUGUCGCGGAAUGCACUCACUGGUGGUAUUCCUGAUGCCAUAUUCCAGCUCCAAAACCUCACAAAAUUGCUUCUGAUUUCCAAUGACAUAUCAGGUUUCAUACCAAAUGCAAUAGGCAGUUGCAGCUCUCUGAUAAGGUUGAGGCUUGGAAUCAAUAGGAUCACUGGUAGCAUUCCCAAAACAAUAGGCAACCUCAAGAGCUUGAACUUCUUAGACCUUUCUUCGAACCGCCUUGCUGGUCUGGUGCCUGAUGAGAUUGGAAGCUGCACUGAACUGCAAAUGAUAGAUUUAAGCAGUAACAACUUAGAAGGCCCUUUGCCUAAUACCUUGUCUUCACUGUCUGCAGUUCAGGUAUUGGAUGCAUCUUCCAACAAGUUUUCAGGUCCUAUACCAGCAAGUUUAGGUCGUCUUGUUUCUCUGAGUAAGCUGAUCCUAAGCAAUAACUUGUUUUCUGGACCUAUUCCUGCAUCACUGAGCUUAUGUUCAAAUUUACAACUGCUUGAUCUUAGUAGCAACAAGCUCAGUGGAAGCAUACCGGUCGAGUUAGGCCGCAUUGAGUCACUAGAAAUUGCUCUCAAUCUUAGUUGUAAUUCACUCGGUGGAACAAUCCCAACUCAGAUAUCAGCUCUUAACAAGCUUUCCAUUUUGGACCUCUCACACAACCAGUUGGAAGGAGAUUUGCAGCCUCUUUCAGUGUUAGACAACCUUGUUUCCCUCAAUGUUUCUUACAACAAAUUUUCUGGCUGUCUUCCAGAUAACAAGCUUUUCAGGCAGUUAUCAUCAAAAGACUUCACUGCAAAUCAAGGGCUGUCAUGCUUUGUGAAGGAUUCUGGCAAGGCAGGUGUGGCAUUGAAUGGAAAUGAUGUAAGGAAAUCGCGAAGGCUUAAGCUAGCCAUUGGAUUGUUGAUAGCCUUGACAGUAAUAAUGACUGUUAUGGGGAUAACUGCUGUGAUCAAAGCAAGGAGAACCAUUAGAGAUGAUGAUUCCGAGUUGGGGGACUCAUGGACUUGGCAAUUCAUACCAUUCCAAAAGCUAAACUUUUCAGUGGAACAAGUAAUGAGAUGUUUGAUUGAUAGAAACAUAAUUGGCAAGGGAUGUUCUGGUGUUGUUUAUAGAGCUGAAAUGGAUAAUGGUGAAGUCAUUGCUGUGAAGAAACUGUGGCCUACAACUAUUGAUGAUGGAGAGGCAUUUAAGGAAGAAAAAAGUGGAGUUCGUGACUCAUUCUCAGCUGAGGUUAAGGCCCUUGGCUCAAUACGUCAUAAGAACAUUGUCAGAUUCUUGGGGUGCUGUUGGAACAGGAAAACAAGAUUGCUUAUUUUUGAUUAUAUGCCGAAUGGAAGUUUGAGUAACCUACUUCAUGAGAGAAGUGGAAAUUCUCUGGAAUGGGAACUUAGGUACAGAAUCUUGUUAGGUGCUGCAGAAGGACUUGCAUAUCUACAUCAUGACUGUGCCCCUCCUAUAGUUCACAGAGAUAUUAAAGCCAAUAACAUCCUCAUUGGUCUUGAAUUUGAGCCUUACAUUGCUGACUUUGGCUUGGCUAAACUUGUUGAUGAUGGUGAUUUUGGUCGUUCUUCCAAUACAGUUGCUGGUUCCUAUGGAUAUAUUGCUCCAGAAUAUGGCUAUAUGAUGAAGAUCACAGAGAAGAGUGACGUUUAUAGCUAUGGUGUAGUUUUGUUAGAAGUCUUGACAGGUAAGCAACCAAUUGAUCCAACCAUACCAGAUGGUCUACAUGUUGUUGAUUGGGUGAGAAAGAAAAAGGGUCUUGAAGUGCUUGAUUCAAGCUUACUCUCUAGACCAGAAUCAGAAAUAGAGGAAAUGAUGCAGGCAUUGGGAAUAGCUUUAUUGUGUGUGAAUUCAUCCCCUGAUGAAAGGCCAACAAUGAGAGAUAUUGCUGCAAUGCUCAAGGAGAUAAAGCAUGAAAGGGAGGAAUAUGCAAAAUUUGAUGUGCUUCUAAAAGGCUCUCCUGCAAAUGGUUCAUGUGGGAAUAAAAGCUUUGGUGGAGUUGUGCCAACAUCUUCUUCAUCAGUACCAAUCAUGCAAACUUUGAAAUCAAAAAGCAAUAACUCAAGUUUCUCUGUGUCUUCACUGCUUCUUUCAUCUUCAAGUGUCAAGUUGGGUUCCAAAUGAUGAAUUGGAUAUAUGAUCACAGCUAUGGAGAGCAGAAGCUUGUUGUGCUUAUCACUUUCUUUGUCAAUGAUCCUUCUGUUACUUAUUGUUCUUUAUAUGUUUGUAAAUUAUGUUAUAGCUGAUGAAUUGAAAUCAACAAAUAGAUCCAAAAACUACAUGUGUGGCUUUUGGAGUAUCAUUGAUGUGUAUCCAAAUCAAAAUAGCUUGUACUUACUAGUAUCCAAUUUCAAAUUCAGAUCAUGUCAACACAGCAAUAAAAUCCAGCCAGUGUUAGAGCUGAUCAACUGGUUAAAAUUUCACUUGUUUGAUUGAAUUGAAUAUUGUCAACUUCUUUAUUUGUAAGAGACUCUUAGUAUCGUU